AUGGACAUGAAACUGGGCGAUAUCACGGCCUCUCAGGUCGUGAUAGGCUUCGCUGGGGUAUGGCUGCUCUACAAUAUUCUUCAGAUGCUUUACAACAUCUCUCCGCUUCAUCCCCUCCACAAGAUCCCUGGUCCCAAGCUCGCCGCCGCUAGCUAUCUGCCGGAAUUCUACCACGACGUUGUCCUGGGCGGCAGAUACACACAUGCUAUCCAACGCAUGCACGAGAAAUAUGGUCCUAUUGUGCGCAUCAAUCCCGGCGAGACACAUUGCAACGAUGUAGCCUUUUCCGAUGAGAUUUACGCCGUUGGUGGCAGGAAGAGAGACAAGCCUCUUCACCAGAUCAACGGUGGCGCGACAACUAGCAAUGCAUUCGGAACUGUGGAUCAUGAUUUGCAUCGUGCUCGCCGUGGUCCCGUGGCCAAGUUCUUCUCCCACAACAUGAUUGCCCGCCUCGAGGGAGACAUCCACAAGCUGUGCCAUCAUCUGUGUGAUAAGCUUCUGGCUCGGUCUGGCACCAAGGAGGUCAUUGACAUUGCCAUGGCCUACAGCUGCUUCACCUCUGAUACCAUCUUUGGCUACAGCUUUGGCGAAUCUCAAGGAUUCCUGGAUCAGGAGAGCUGGUACCCAAACUACCGCAUGGCUCUGCUUGCCGUCUUGAAGCCAGUCUUUUGGUUCCGCUUCUUCCCCAUUCUCAAUGCUGCGCAGGAUUUGGGCGUAUACAUCGUGGAUAUUCUCCCCGCAGAUAUGGCACUGCUCAUCCGGUCUCUCAAGAUCAUGAUUCCAAGCCUCGUCACAAAGGCCAAGUCUGGUCUCGAGUCCGGGAUCCGGCCUGAGCGCCCCACCAUUUUCCACACGAUUCUCGAGUCCGAUGGCAGCAGCUUACAGCCAAAGACCAUGACCUGGAUGUCGGAAGAGGCGGCCGCCGUGGUGGGUGCCGGCACCGAGACCACGAGCUGGGCCCUGGCUGUCAUUACGUUUAAUUUGCUCGACAAGCCCGAGCAGCUGGCCAAGCUGCGCGCCGAACUCAGCGAGGUCGUAAAGGACCCCAACGAGCUGCCAGCCUGGACGGUGCUGGAAAAGCUUCCCUACCUAGGCGGCGUCAUCCAGGAGGGUCUACGUCUCUCGUACGGUGUGUCGGGACGAACGGCGCGCGUUCCAACGGGAGAAGACCUCGUCUACCGUGGCGAAUUCAACAAGAAGCCCGUCGAGCUUGUGCUCCCGCGGGGCUACGCCAUUGGCAUGUCGGCCGCCAUUACGCACCAUGAUGAGAGCUUCUUUCCGGAUUCGCAUGCUUUCCUGCCGGAGCGCUGGAUUGACGAGGACGGCAAGCGGAGAAAGGAGCUGGAGAGGGCCAUGCUUGCAUUUAGCAAGGGCAACAGAGCUUGCCUGGGGAUGAACCUUGCUCUAUGUGAGCUUCACUUGAGUCUUACCGCACUGGCGCUCCGUGUCAUCCCACGCAUGGCGCUAUAUGAGACAUCGCUUCGGGAUGUAGCAUACGAUCAUGACAUGUUCAUUCCCCGACCGGUUGCUGAAAGCAAGGGUGUGCGUGUGGUUAUUAACUAG